AUGACAUCAAAUGGAGAUAUAGCAAGAGCAGCAUUUAUAAAAAGAGAUACAAAUGAAACUAAAAUUCAAAUAGCUAUAAGUCUAGAUGGUGGACCAGUAAAUAUUCCAAAUUCAAUACUACCUAAAUCAGAUCAUAUAGAAGAUCAUGCAAUUCAAGCAACAGGAGGUCAACAAAUAAAUAUUCAAACAGGUAUUGGAUUUUUAGAUCAUAUGUUACAUGCAUUAGCUAAACAUUCAGGUUGGUCAUUAAAAAUUGAAUGUAUAGGAGAUUUACAUAUUGAUGAUCAUCAUACAAGUGAAGAUGUUGGUAUUGCAUUAGGUUUAGCUUUUAAAAAUGCACUUGGGCAAAUCAAGGGAGUCAAAAGAUUUGGUCAUGGUUUUGCACCGUUAGAUGAAGCAUUAAGUAGAGCAGUUGUUGAUUUAUCAAAUAGACCAUUUGCAGUUGUUGAAUUAGGUUUGAAAAGAGAAAAAAUUGGUGAUUUAUCUUGUGAAAUGAUCCCUCAUGUAUUGGAAAGUUUUGCUACAUCUGCUGGUAUAACAAUGCAUGUGGACUGUUUAAGAGGAUUUAAUGAUCAUCAUCGUGCCGAAAGUGCUUUUAAAGCUUUAGCUAUUGCUAUUAAGGAAGCUAUUUCCAAAACUGGUAAAAAUGAUGUUCCAAGUACCAAAGGUGUUUUAUCUUAA